UGAAAUAAUGAUGUGGCAAAUCAAGCAACAACUUCUUGUAGCUUGCCAUUGGAAUACUUUGUAGCUUAAAUAGGUUGUAGCCUUAAAAAUUAACAUGACAAAGCAAGCUACAAGCCUUUGUAGCUUACCAUUGGAGAUGCUCUUAGAGCGUCCCUCCCAAUUCCAAGAGUUCUCAUCGCCCGUGGCUCUCCAAACAACAACAACAACAACACCAAAAAAAAAAAAAAAAAAAAAAAGUAGCGAGCGUGGCAUACACCGCCAUAUUGCUAAGAGCCUAAGACAGUUUUUCAGUUCCAACGCUUUCCUUUUUCUCUCCUUCCUCGCUGUCUCUCUCUUCUUCUGAGUGUGUGUUUUGAUCUUCAAUCCACCACCCUUUGCUGGCGUUUACCGUUGUAAUACUCCAUUACUUUUUAUUUAUUCCCAAGUUCAUCACAAUUUCUCAUUUACCCAGAUCUGUGUCAUUUUUCACAGUGAUUCCUUGAACCAUUGCAUCACUAGUUUAUGCAAUUUCAUUUUCUGGGAUUCAUUGGUUUUCCAGAUUUUUAAGCAUUUAAUCGAUAAUCAGAGGAACUUGUUCUUGGGGUUUUGUUACACCAAAAAUCCUACAUUGUGUUCAAUGGGAGCUAAAAUUGAUGUAUGAUUGAAAAGCAUCAAAAGGGUUUUUGUUAGAUUUUUCUGGGAGAUGAUGUUCUGGAGGGAUAGGGAGAGAGAUAAUAACAAGGAGCAAAAUGGAGGGCCACUUUCACUUUGUGGGCAGGUUCGAGUUCUUGUAGUUGGAGAUUCAGGUGUGGGAAAAACUUCUCUUGUACAAUUAAUUACUAAAGGUUCUACAGUCACUCGUCCUUCUCGAACAAUAGGAUGUUCAGUUAAUGUGAAGCACAUUACUUAUGGAAGCCCUAGUAGUUCCUCAAAUAGCAUUAAAGGUGAUGCUGAAAGAGAUUUUUUUGUUGAAUUAUGGGAUAUCUCAGGCCAUGAGCGAUAUAAAGACUGUCGAUCGCUUUUCUACACCCAAAUUAAUGGUGUUAUUUUUGUUUAUGAUCUUUCACAACGGAGAACAAAAACAAGUUUGCAUAAGUGGGCUGCAGAAAUUGCAGCAGUUGGGACUUUCUCUGCUCCAAUGGGGGUUGGAGGUCCUGGUGGCCUUCCUGUCCCAUACAUUGUUGUCAGUAAUAAAGCAGAUAUUGCAGCAAAAGAAGGUACUCAAGGAAGCAGUGGUAAUCUUGUGGAUGUGGCUCGGCAAUGGGUUGAGAAGCAGGGGCUUCUUCCGCCAAGUGAGGAAUUGCCACUGACUGAGAGUUUCCCAGGCUAUGGAGCAUUGUUAGCUGCUGCCAAAGAAGCAAGGUUUGAUAAAGAAGCUGUGACGAAGUUCUUCCGCAUGUUGAUAAGAAGGAGAUAUUUUUCAGAUCAAUUACCCCCAUCAAAUCCAUGGUCAAUUUCACCAAUUCAGAGAUCAUUUCAAUCAUCUGAUGAAAUAACAAGUAGCAACGAUCAAUCCGUAAGCCGUACAAGUUUAAGCGGGGAUCCUUACAAGUACAAUGUGCUUCCUCCCUUGCCCGCUCAACACAACCUUACUCCUCCACCCACGCUCUAUCCUCAGCGGCCAAUGUUGACCCCGGAAGUCAAUCAUGUGCCACGGUAUAAUUUGGCCAGUGCUUCAGAGCUCAGUUAUACUAAAACAAAACGUACGGAUAUUAAUGUUUGAAGAAUAUAUACGUUUUAUAGUCAAUAGUUUGGUAACCAUAUUGUGAUUUUUUUAUAUUUAAAAAAAACUGAUGUCAUGUGCUUUAUUUUUCUACAAGUUCCUUGUUGAACUGGCCAAUUAUUUAUUUUUGGAAGUUUUGGCCUCCUCUCAGCUUGUAAUAUUGCUACCAAUAAUCAAGUGUAUAAUUCAAUUAUCAGUUUGCUGAAUAGAGUAACAUGGUUUUUGCUA